UCUCUUCGCUUUUCAGUYGGGCGGAUGCUGCAAAUUCAACCACAUUAACUCACAGCUGUGCACAGGAAUCAAAAAAUGUCUGUCCCGAAGACCAUCGAGCCCCCAAAAUGUUGCUGCUUCAACACCAAGAUGGCAACAGUCGCCCUCGGAGUCUUCCAUAUGCUUAAUGUGGAACCAUUCGACCAGAGCAGGGCUGAUGUCGUCACCAGUUUCCUGUUGAUCAUCAUGCUGUUUGUGAUCAGCUUCAACCUCCUCCUUGGUGUGGUGAAGAGGAGAGAACGUCUCCUGAUUCCAUUCCUUGCUCUACAAAUCAUGGACUUUCUCCUCAGCCUCCUAACAAUGUUCAGCUCCUACAUACAAGUCCCAGCAAUCAUUUCUUUGUCAUCUCUAAGCCACGUGCAGGGACAUUCAAAGAUCCCUUUCUUGGCUCUGCAGCUACUGGAUUUCAGUCUGAGUAUCCUCACUCUGUGUAGCUCAUACAUGGAGGUCCCAACCUAUCUCAGCCUCAAGUCUUCGGAGAAUGCGGUCUUCUUGCCAACCCUUCAGAAGUUGCCAAAAGAAGAAUAUGCCAAAAUAAUGGUCACCUUCACCAUUGCAUUCAUUGCUGUCCUCUUCCUCAAGGCCUAUAUGUUCAAAUGUGUCCUCGGUUGCUUUAAGUACAUUAAAGCCAGCAAGAGAGGGGAGGUGAAAGUUGACUCACAAACAAUUGAGAAGGCUGUGCUGCCAUCAUACGAAGAAGCUGUAGAGUUGCCUUCCAAGGAAUCUCCACCUCCCUAUGUAGGAAUCUAAGCUCCACUCACAGGGAAGAAAUUUGUAUCGCUGUUGGUGCCUCCCUGAGAAGCCCUUGCUUCAUAGCAAUAUCAAGCCUAUUACAAUCCAACCCACUUGUAGGAGCCUCUAAAGAGUGAUGGUAAACUGCUGGAGCUGGGGUCUUGUUCUGCACUAUUUGACCUGAGCUGGUACCAGUAACUGAGCUACAGGGCUCUUUUAAUACACUGGGUACGCAGCAACAAAAGUUCCCAUCACCGGCCCCUGACAUCUGGCUAAUGUGAAAAUAAAGGCAUUGCCCUGAAUUUCUUGUCAGGCUUACUUUUUCCCAGCAGGACAUGGAUUCUCAUCUGUUUUAUAUCUUUUAAGUCAGCAGCUGAGCUGAAGGGAGCAUCAACAUUAGUAAGUGGAAUGGGGAGGGGGAAGAACAAGCAGAAACGUUUUUGCUGAGAUAGCCUAACUCAGAAGUAUGCCAUGUUAACCAGUAACAUCUAAGGAAGACCUAAGGGAAGAAGAUCAGCAAAAGGCUGAAGAUUCCAAAUGAACUACUAUGAAGCUCUCAACCUGUCUGCUUAUGAUAAUGAUUAAUGGUGUGUGCUCUGAAAUAUAUAAUGUCCUGGAAUUGUCACAGUAUUGUUCUGCUAUUUUAUAUCUGUUUGCCUUUUUU